UGCUCUCCUCUGCUCAGCGGCGGGAGCCAGUUCGUGGGGAGUCCCAGUGUUUUCCUGGCGCGCUCGUACGUUUGUGGCUCUGUGUGUGACUGUGUGUGUGUGUGCGUGUUAGAGAGCGAGGGAAAGGGAGACCGAAACUGAGGGAACGCAGCAAGCGAGCGGCGGGCACGGGACGAACUGGGACAACCUAGGGAUGCUGCUGCUGCUGCUGCCGCCACUGUCGCCGCCGCUGCUUGUUUAGGGCAGACUCCAAGAAGGCUAAAAGGAAAGAUGGCAAAGUGGAUUCAGAAAAAACAUUUGAUGACUUGACCCUGAGACCAGACCCCAGGCAAACUUCCUGAUUCCUAACCUAAUGUUAUUUAAACCAGGUUUUGCUACACCUUCCUUCAAUUUAAGGCAUGACCAAAUGUCCUAGAUGCCUGUGAACUUCCUGGUCACUUUCCUGCAUUGGAAGGACACCAAGAAAAGAGUGUAUCCUGAGCAGAGCCCCACCCUACUUUAGAUUGUGGAGGAAACCCCAAGGUCCUGAACCUGCCCCUCCCUGCCCAGAGGUGAUGAUGGAGACCCUUUCUCAAGAUUCUUUGCUGGAAUGUCAGAUUUGUUUCAAUUAUUACAGCCCCCGAAGGAGGCCCAAGUUGUUAGACUGCAAACAUACCUGCUGUUCAGUUUGCCUCCAGCAAAUGAGGACAAGCCAGAAGGACCUGAGGUGCCCCUGGUGCCGGGGUAUCACCAAGCUUCCCCCGGGGUUCUCCGUCUCCCAACUCCCUGAUGAUCCUGAGGUGCUUGCAGUGAUUGCAAUCCCUCACACUUCGGAGAACACUCCUGUCUUCAUCAAACUUCCUAGCAAUGGGUGUUACAUGCUACCCUUACCCAUCUCCAAAGAGCGAGCAUUAUUGCCGGGAGACAUUGGCUGCCGCCUGUUGCCAGGUAGCCAGCAAAAGUCUGUCACUGUGGUGACGAUCCCAACAGAACAGCAGCCUCUCCAGGGGGGGAUUCCCCAAGAUGCGGUGGUGGAGGAGGAGCAAGACAGGAGGGGCGUGGUGAAAAGCUCCACCUGGUCAGGGGUUUGCACUGUGAUCUUGGUGGCCUGCGUCUUGGUCUUCCUACUCGGCAUCGUUCUCCACAACAUGUCUUGCAUUUCUAAGCGCUUCACUGUGAUCUCCUGUGGCUGAGGAAGGCUGCAGAGUGAAAUUCCACAUGUGUGCCAACUUAGGGGUUGAGAAGGUAUUGGUGAUGGGAUCACAGUGAGGUGUAUACGGCAACACUGACCAAUUGGUGCAGGGCACUGGGCACUGGGUAAGCCACUUAAUUAUCUGAAGAUAGACCCGAAAGGCAGAAUGCAGGACCUCUCAACAAGAUACAAGGGAAACUGUACUGAGUGAUGGUCACAGCUUGGAAGGAGAUUGCAUGUAUCACCAUAAUAAUUUAUUAAAUGAACUGUAAUUUAUGAUUUUAUCAUGUUAAAACAUAUUCUACCUAGAUGUUAUACUGUACAAGUAUAUAAGAUGUGAUCUCUAAAUGCAGUAGAUUAAAAUCAAAAUGCUAUGUAUAGAAGUAGAAUAAACAUGAGAAUCAAUGUAACAGGUAUGCAAUGCUGGUUUCCUUUUUUUUUUUUAAACAAGAUGGAAACUGUUUCAAACAAGAACUCAGUCUUGAUUUAGUUGAUAAGGCAUUUUUAUACCUUUGGAAUUGCACCUAAAUUAAAAUAAGUUAAAUGGACUAUAGUUUUUCCAGAGCAAAUAUUGGGGGGGGUGUUUCAUGUGUGAUGUGUUUGUCAUGCACUGUCCUUUUGUCUUUAUCUGUAGUUAAAGUUAUAUGUUUGUUGAAGUGCAGAGCCCUACAGAGAAGCAAUAAAACAAAUAACAAGGAAGGAAAGAUUUAUUCCUGCUGAAAAUUUGCAUAUUUUUUCCUCUCAAGCCAUUUUGCAAAACAAGUAUCAGAUGUGUAAAUACGUAUGUGUGCACACACCUCUGCAUUUUAUUUACCUCAGGUUUUAAAAUCCUUUCAGAAAGUAUUUGGGAUGCUAGACCUUUAUGGACAUGAGGGAAAUUUUUCAAGAAGUUAUAUCAUGGGAAGACUGAAUCAUUUCUAUGAAGAAGCGUACAUAUGUCACCUUGAUCUCUUCUCUUAUGUUUUGGGGUUGGAGGUAUGGCAAAAACUGGAGGUGAUAUUUUCAUUUUUUCUCUGAAUUUUAAAUGGUGAUGGGUGUGUUCAGUUGAUGAUAGAUCUGGGUUUAUGGAUAAAUACACUUUAUGGGAUGCUUCUUUGGAAGAUGAUGUUGACAGGGUGAUAAAACCACUUGGAAUUGUAUUUUUUUUAAUUGUUGGUACAAAAAUAGAGGAGUGUCAGUACAAAAGAAAGCAUCUACAUGUUGAAAAAAGUAGCAAGCUAAUUUAGCCUCAUAUAUUCCUGUUUGAAAUGAUAAAAUUCACUGUUUAUUACCUCACAUGGCCUGGUGAAGGAGGGUCUAAUAUUAAAUGACAGAUCUCUGUCCAUUGCCAUUUUUUUCCUUACCAAAAAACCCAACAAAUCUGUGGGCUUGAUAAUUCUAAUUUUAUGUGACUAUGGUAAAUCAAAUAACAUGUGAAUAGGACUUAACUUUUGGUGAUCUCCAAGUUCCAUUGAAUCAAGGAAAAUGAGGAGAAAUAGAAAUUGACAGGCAGGUCCCUAAUAACCACAUUUGGGAAUGUAGUCUGUAAAAAUAUGGAACAGAUUCAUUAUUUUGUAUUUAGUUAUUUAAGUAUUAUCUCUCACACAUUAAAACUGUGUAUAACAGUGGAAUUCAUCUGAUAUAAGGCAUUGGAAUAAACACCAAAAGGAUAAUAUGAGGGGAAAUUGGUGUGACUAUUUUAGUAUUGAUGUCUACUUAACGAUGCAGUAGUAGGAUUGCUGAAUGUGUCCAAUUCUUUUUCUUGAGAUAUUUAGGAAAUUCAUUUGGAAAGACAAGAAAUUAGGUUAAAAUGCCAUAUUGUAUAACUCAUUGGGCAUUAUACAACAAAUCUGGAAAUUAUUUGGUAUUAAUAAUUUAGGUAUCAUAUUAGCUGACUGCUCUCCUGUAUUAUGUAACACAGUAUACUAUUGGGUUAGUGUCAAUUUCUCAUUCUCUCCCAGGAUGCUGUAAUGUAUGUCUGACCUAAAUUUCUUAUCUAGACAUUUGCUUGUUUCUAUUGCAUAAGCAAAUUGGAAAAUGCAUUUUUCUUUUUUAAAAAGUUACUUUCAAAAGAUCUUUACACUUCACAUUUUAAGCUGUGCCACAUUUUUAUAAAUAUUGGAGACUAAAUGUAGCACAGUGUGUAGAAAUGGACUACCUUAUAGUAUAACGUAUGAUCUAAUAAUGCUCCCCUUGUGUGAAGUAGGUUAUCUUAGGCUUUAACCUACUUUAACCUAGGAUAUUCUGUGUUUCUUAGUAUGAGACCCUACAAUAAAAAUUAUUCAGGAAGUUAGAGUUAACAAUCUAGUUCUGAUUUUGCACUUAAACAGUGUGAAACUAAUUCAUUCAGUGACAGAUUGUUGGUCUUGCUACUUUAUUCAACUUUGAAAAAUUUGAGAUUAAAAAAAUUCUUAUUACUUUUGAAUUUUGUAAAGUGGAUUUAUUAGUGUACCUGUGUAUCAUAUUCAUUUUCGUUUGUGAAUAGUCAGGCAUUUUUAAAAAAAAAGCUAAGGGCCCUACAGAAAUUCAUUUUAACCUCCUGUAUUUGAAUGAACUUCUGCUGUGAUAUUUACCAGUGAUACAGCCAACACAGCUGUCCCUUCUACUCCUCAUAUCAGCUGACUAAAAGACAAGAUUUACAUACACAGAGAUCUUCACACCAGUACAAUUUAUUUUUUUUUCAAAUACAAAUUUGAAUGGACUUAACAGAGUUGAAUGUUAGGGCUAAUAGGGAUCAUAGAAAUCAUUUAUUCCCAACCCCUUAUUUUAUAACUGAGAUAACAGACCCAGAGAGGUGUGAAAUCAUUUCACAUAGAGCCAGGAAGAGAACUAGGGUCUGACUCUGGUCUUUUUUACUCAUUUCAUUGCACAACAAAAGAGAAGCAGAGAGUGCUUAUUUUUAUAUUCACCUGCCUAUUUUUCCAUAGGUGGGCUCUCCUGGAUUUCUGUUGGCACCAUCUUGAUUUCAGUGGUAAUGCAUAUCACUUACUCACCAGCUGUUCUCUGUUUGGUUUAGGUAGAUUUAUGUGUUUAUUUUUAGCUAAUUCUUCUCUGUGAGACAGAAGAGGGUUUAGUUAGUGAUAUAUAAGUGAAUUGAAAGAAAGCUGUCGAAUGAUGUGAUUCUGAAAUGCAAGGUUUUCAAAUUGCUUACUAGUCAUUUUUAUAAUGUUUAAAUGAUAUGUAAAGGUCUGUAGGUGUUUUGUAAAUAUUCAGCAAUCAAGAGCAUGAAGUUUGUUCUCUAUCAGUGAACCUCACUUGAUAUGAAUACAGUAUUAGCAAAAGAACACUCAAUUCAAGAGUAAAAUUUUCAACUAAAAAAUCCACAGUGUAUUUUUUUUAAAUAAAGGUAGACAUGGCCAAUUGUAGAAGGCAUGAGUUGUGAUAAUGAAGUUUUCUGUGUCAGAACACUAAUGCCUGAUGACUAGAGAGCUGUAAGAUAUUUAGUUUUCUAUAAACAAAAUGAAAAACUACAAAAUUAAACUUAAGCUUGAUCUAAAUCAUGAGUCACAGCAGGAGCUGUGAUCAUGUACUGGUUAAUCAUAUUGGCAUUAUUUAUGCAGUUGCACUUUUGAGAUUGAGCAUGAGGCCUUAGUCCUUGUUAAAGACUGGGUAAUACGUAGUUGAAAAUUUCACUUAUUUUCCUCUUGGGGCUAUCAAUGGACUUAAAAUCGAGUAUUUAAAGUAUUUAAGGGUGAAGGUCCACUGAUGUCUCUUCUGUGGUUAUUUGUUAGUUUGCAUUAACAAAUGAUAAAACAAGCUUUGAAUGCCUAUCAUGCCUCUCUACACGUGGGAUUUUUGAGCCACAGUGUGAUAAGAGGCUUAUUAAACAAAUGUGUGAUAUCUCUCUUUGCUAAAUCUAUUGUUACUUAGCAAUAGCUCUAAAAUGUUUUGGCUUACAAGCUGUGCAUGGUAUAUGAUGUGAAAUCAUUUCAGGAUUCUGUGGUCCCCAGAUUAAUGUCAAAUGGAUGAGUAAGACAACCUACUCAUCUCACUUUUCUCUUUCCUUCCCACUUCUAGGUGCAUUGAUGUUUUAAUAAAGAUGCAUUAGUCUGUAUGAGAACUCAAGUUAGCAUUUCUCCAGUGUUUUAAUAGAAAAGAUCUUUAGUUGUGUUGAUUAUCCUUUAAAACCUACCAGCUAAAUGUGGUUAUGCUGGGGUUGCCUGUGUAUAUUUGUAUGUAGAUGUAUAUGUAUACCUAAGUUUUCAGAUGCCAAACUGAAACAAAUACUAUUUUGCAUUUUAAAGAGAGGACUAAGUAGGGGACUUUAUUCAGGUUUAUAUUUCAUUUCUCUCUGAAAGAAUUUAGGAUUGUAACUCCCAUUGGUUUACUAAUAAAUUCCUUCCUUUACUUUAUUCUCAUAAUUUACUUAAUUCUUCCUAAGGAAGUCAUCUGAUUUAUGAAAAAUAAAACUUAACUACAGAAAUACUUAUGUGACUAAAAAAGGACAAAAUCAAACAGUCCAGAGAUGAUGGUAAUUAGAUCAGAAGACAAGGAUUUAAAAGUCAUUUUAUUCAUCCCUAUAUGAAGACCAACCUCUCCCCCAAAGGCUAUCCAGUGUGAUAAUUCUAGGUCUCCUGCAUCUUAAAAGGCUAUUUUCCCUACUACACUUUACAGUCUAUUUCAGAGUAAUAAUAUUUAUGUAAAAAUUGGUUAAUAUUUUUAUCACCUGAAGUAUAAUGAAAAUUCUAAGCGUUUGAUUUUUUUCCCUUUAAAUUGAAGGUUUUUUUU